CAACCCUGGAAAAAGGAAAAAAGCCAAGUUUGCUGUGUAGCUGCACCCAUCUUUCAAAUCAAUUUGUUUGAUAAUGUCAGGGUAGAGCAUAAAAGGGAACCGAAUCAAAAAAACAAGUGGUACAACAGAAGAUAAAGUCUAGGCAAGCAUGGUGGGUUCCCACAUUGUCUACGGAGACAGGCUGAAAAAGUAAAAUCAGUUUCUCCAGCCUGUUCUGCAAUAAACGUAUAAUUUUGAUAGAUCAUCUGCAUUAGUAAAAUUAAUUCUACAACGUAAUAAAGCAGUCUUUCCCAGUAGAAAAAGCUGGUGAGGUGUGUGCAUCUGAGCUGGCUGCAGGUUAAAAUCAGGCUGCCCUGCUGGGGCUGUUCGAACUGUGAGGAUUGUAUAUUACAGUGUCAUGGAUCACACAGUGAGGACACAGGCAGUGUUACUCUGCCCACGUGCCAUAGCAGCACCUCUGGUACCACAAGUUAUUCUGUGCUUGUAGCAGGUCCCAGGUGCCCUGUCAGCACUGUGUGUGAGAGCUGUCCCCUGUACAGUGUUUCCUGAGCUCUGCAUGAACGUGAGUGAAGGAGGCAGCUAAAGUUCCUCAGAAAGCUCAUUAAGGUCACUGUGCUGAUAGCUGGUCCUCUCUGCCUGUCCCAGCACUGAGCCAGACUGUAAGCUGCAGACUGACCUUAUCAAACUCCAGGAACAGACCCAUUAGGCCUUAUCUUGGGACCUCAUCCUUUCAAAAGAUAAGGAUAACUGAGCUUGUCUGUGGUUGGAAGUUUUUCUGGGAUAGGGUCUUUUUUGCUGGUAAUGGGGUUGAUCCUAGCUCUCAUCCCUUGGACCUCUUUGUCCAUCAGGCACGGCACAAACAGGUGCAGGUACAGAUGUGAGAUCCAGUACAUCCCCUGGGUUUUUGCAUGCUUGUGGGUGCUGCUGAGACCUCAGGCUGUUAGGAGCCAUGCUGCUGUAGUCGUGUUUUAUUACCAGCAAUUAGGAUCAUGGCAAAUAAUUAACAAAUAAUCACAGGAACCUUCUCAUACUGUAAGUUGUUCCUCGCUUUUCUUGCUCUUAUAGGCAGCCGAGAGGAUUUUUAAAUCUCCUCCUUUCUGUCUACAUUUUGGUGGUUUGUUUGGGGAUUUUUUUUUUUUUAACUAGGGAAAGCAAACCAGCUGCUGAGAGCUAAAACUAGAUGCACAGGGGAGCACACCCCAGCCAUCUGCUUUUAUCUCCUGCAGCUGAGCUGUCCUGAUCACACCAGCUGCGAAGGAACUAAUGAUGGUCAAAGAUUGGGUAUCUUCUUUGUUUGCUUGUCCUGGGUUCUGGAAGUGAUUGUACUUCUUUAUUUCCUUCACAGUUCUUGCUUUUUUGUGAAGUUCUCUGUAUGCAGGAUUCAGAGGCAAAGGGGCUAGGGAGGUGAGGCAGGGGAAGAAAACAGUCAAAUCCUUUCUUUUUCCAUGGGCCAGCUUGUUGAGUUAUUGCUGGAGGUGACUGACAAAUUCUGUGGUCUGGUUCAUGCUUGAUUCUCAUCUCUCUUGGAGCUGUGUCACUGUCAAUUAAAUUAAGACUGAGCACUGUAUGUUUAAUUCUCACUUAUCUUUUGUCCUUUAGCUAUAGUUACCUUCAGAGCUUUAGUAGAGCUAGUCCGUAGCUGGGUACUCUUUGUCUGAAACAGGAGUUGGUGUCAAUGUGGGUGUUUGUAUGAUACAUGCAGGAUAGACUUUUGAUCAGUUCUUGUUUCAACUUCAGCUCAUGACUCCCCUUUGAGAGCAAUAACUUUAACAUGAGUUAUAGGACUGGGUGUAGCUCAUUUGCUUAUUGCUCUCUGCUUAGGCUCACCUGAGUUUGCGCAGUAAUGCUCUGAUCACUAUCACCCUCCAAUUAUCCCUUAUUGCUGCUUCACUGCACUGAGUGCCAGCAAAGCAAGAGAUGAGAGCAAUGGUGAUUGAGCCAUUUCUGUCUGAAAAAGAGGCUGGACAAGCCAGUGCACUUAAUGCAAAGUAUGUUCAUAUUCCAGCCGUUGUGAAUACAGUAACAGGGAAUAUUAGUUGCAGAUAUCUCCAUAGAGAUGGAACUGACCUCACUUCCUUAUUGCAUCCUCUAGACUUUUAUUGCUAUAUCACAUUAUUGCCUCAUUGAUAUGGUUCCAGCUUGGAGCGUUGUGCAGCACAGCAGCUGGCAGCCUGCCAGUUGGGUUAAGCGUUAGGAGUUCGUUGCUUCACAGCUGUGGUGAGAAGAUGACUUUCAAGCAAAGACAGAGGGCUGAAGGGAAGGCGGUGCUAAUAACAGGCUGUGACAAAGGUUUUGGACAUGCCUUGGCAAAACACCUUCAUGCAAAGGGAUUUACUGUUUUCGCUGGAUGCUUGCUCAUGGAUGAGAAUGGAGAUGGAGCCAGGGAGCUGAAGAACAUGAAGUCAGAACGCAUGAAAGUGCUACAGAUGGAUGUGUGCAGUGAUCAGGAGGUGGCUCAGGCUGUGGAUUUUGUGAAGAUGACCCUGAAGGAGCCAGAGAAAGGUUUGUGGGGCCUGGUGAACAAUGCUGGCGUCUCAACCUUCGGAGAGGUGGAAUUUGCAAGUUUAGACAACUACAAGAAGGUGGCAGAGGUCAACCUGUGGGGCACUGUGAGGGUGACAAAGGCUUUCCUGCCCCUCAUUCGAAGAGCUAAAGGCCGUGUGGUGAAUAUCACGAGCAUGUUGGGACGGAUGGUGAGUCCAUCUCGCUCCUGCUAUUGCGUGUCCAAGUUUGGGGUGGCAGCCUUCUCCGACUGCCUGAGGCAGGAGAUGUACCGCUGGGGUGUCAGAGUCAUCCUUGUGGAGCCCAGUAACUUCGUGGCAGCGACCGGCAUCCUGACGGCAGAGGGCAUCGACAAACAGGCCGAGGCUCUGUGGGCCGGGGCCAGUGACACCGUGCGGGAGGACUAUGGGGGGGAGUAUUUCACUCGCCACGUGGCCAUGAUGAAGUCCUUUGUUAACAGUGGCCUGAAGGACAUGUCUCUGGUUGUGAAUGACAUCACUGACGCGCUCACUUCCCCGUGCCCCAACAACCGCUACAAUCCCAUGGAGACCUACUGGUGGGUGAGGCUGCAGGUCAUGACCCACCUGCCCACGGCCAUUGCCGACUGGCUUUACAUCCCUGGAGCCACCCUGUAAAUGGCCGUCCUUCUGGCAUCCUUCCCGGGCUCGUACUCACGCACAGGUUACAGCUCACCUCUGCACUCCUUGCUGAUGUGUCUCCCCUGUAGAUGCAGGAUUAUGGCUUCAAGUUGUGUCUUGUGGAAUGCUAGAACAGCAUAGCUUUUUUGUUUGUUUUUUUUUUCCUAAUUCUUGUUUGUAUUCCCUGCUGUCCUGAUUAAAGUUGAAAGGUAUUUUCCUUUUAACUAGGAGGCAGAGGAAGGUUAACAUAAUGGAUCAAAUAUGUGGCUAGUGUAAGUGGGUCAGCAGAAUUCCCCCAGCGAUAAAUUUGGCUCAUUAAUGGGCUCUUGCUUUUCCUUACAAGGAUGACCUGCUAAUAGCAGAGCAAAGCUGUUGCUAUGAGAUGGCUCAAAGGGAAAACUAAAAUGGGAAACCAAAGCAAAGUUUUCCUUUUGAUUGAAAAUGGGUCAGUCACAGCCUUCCAUUGUUUUUAUGAUACUGCUAGGAAGCUCUACUGCACUGUGACUGUCUGCUCUUUCCAGGGAAACAGCCACACUGCCUCUAAAUAGCCUUAUUACCUAGCUGCAAAGAAGGGUUCUUCCCUCCCUGCACUGUGGCCAGGAGAUGCCAGAGCAAACAACUGGGGAUAGGCUGGCCUGGUAAAAGUGCUUCUAAUAAUGAGUGAGGUCUGAGCCAUCCCUCAGUCAGUCCCUGUGGGUGCUGGGGCUUGCAGCCUCUCUCCACCUGCUGCUGCAGAGCUUUGCAGAACAGGGUUAAGCUGAUGUAGCAGACAAAUUUGGCUCCUCUGACUGCUACCUUAGGUGCCUAAACUACUCAGCUGUGGUACAGACACUCCCCCUGCUUCCCUCAUGUCACUGUCCCAUCCAGACUCCCUCUUGCUGGUGAGGGAGCUGCUGUUGGCUUUCCCAAAUCAGUUUUUUGGUUUAAUCCUCUGUGCUUGAAAAGUGAGAGGGCAGUGUGCAAGCAGCAUGGCCUGACUAUGAGCUCUGGAAAGGUCCUUUAGGAGGCACAUUUCUUAUCUUUAAUAUUGCACAGUGAAAUCUGCAUGUCACACAAUCAUCUUCUCUGAGAACAUCCUGAUAACUGUUAUGGGCUACUCUUGCCCAGUAUCUCCAAGGGUCUCUCCUGUUGGCCGUAUAUAGGAUUUCAAUAAUUUUUCCAAAUGCUGGGGCUGCCUGGCUUCAUGCCCCAUUCCCUCUGUUCCAGUGGUAACCACUGGUGGAGCAGCCAGCAGGCUGCGGGUGCUGGUGGCCAAGCUGGUACCCCACCCUCUUACUCUAGGGACCAGCUUUUCCUUCCACUGUUUUGCCUUAUGUGAGAUUCAGUGGCUGUGAAAAGAGCUUAUUGAUUGCUCUUUCUUCAUCUGUCUCUGCUAGCUCUGACGUGGAAACUGUGCCUUAAACUUUUUUAUUGCCACUGGCUGUAAAUUCUUGAAGUCUGCAUGCAGCCAUGAAUGCUGUGAUGCCUUGAGGAGGAAAGCAGACUUCCCUUGGAGAUGCUGUCAAAGCAGCUUGUAUUACAAGUAACAACUCCUGGAAAUACUGCUGUGCAGUUCUUUUUUAUUCCAGAUCAUCGGCACAUGGAGAUUGCCUGGGAUCCAGGACCUAGAAGGAUCCCACUGAACUGCAGCUUAAACAGUGUUUUAAUCACUUCUUCCCCCUCCACUGUGAAACAUGAUUACUGCUAAGUAGCUCUGAUUUGCACAGAGAGAAAAAUAAACUGUGAGAUUUGUAAAGCAUA